UGGGCGGGACUCCAGUGAGUGACGGGCCAGAGCGCGUCUGGUCAUCGGCGGAAAUCCUCACGGAGCGGUGUCGGCGCAUGCGCAGGCGGUAGGGCGCUGCUUGCUGCGGAGCGAGGAGGAGGAGAGGAGACGCGACCGGUUAACCAUGUCUGCCUCUGCGAUUGCCAAACCUGCCAUGAGAGGCCUGCUGGCCAAGCGUCUGCGGUUUCAUUUGGCUGUGGCUUUCACUAUGGCAUUUUCAGUAGCUGGACUCUUCAAGUUUUUAGUAACUGAUUCCAGGAAGAACGCCUAUGCUGACUUCUACAAGAAAUAUGAUGCCGUGAAGGACUUUGAAGCCAUGAGGGAAGCUGGUAUAUUUGAAAGUGUGAAACCAAAGAAAGCACAUUAAUGAACCCAGUUUGCAAAGGAACCUUGGAAAUUGAUGGCAGGGUUAUCCUCCAUCCUAUACUGGGAAAUGGAAUGAAGAUACACUUUCUGUAUUUUCCAUACUUGAAGAUGUAUAAAUAAAACAUUUUAAUUUUCUGUUGACCAUUAAAA